GUCUCCAUGGUAACGGAGUAUCGUUUGGGGAGGGGCAGACUGGGAGAAAGCAAGAAUCUAAAGGUUAAAGUGUUAAAACUCCUCAGUCGGACUCCUCUCUGUGCUUACACUGAUCCUCCUCCUCUUGGGCUUUGUGUUUACCUCUUCAGCCUCACUAAGCUACAGACAGCGGACACACAGCAGGACAGGAUGGCGGGCACAUCGAGACACGACAGAGAGAUGGCGAUGAAUGCCAAGCGCCAGCUGUCCGAGUGUUCAGACCCCAUAGAGAGACUCCGGCUGCAGUGUCUGACUCGAGGCUCGUCUGGGAUCAAAGGUUUGGGCAGGACCUUCAGAGUGAUGGACGACAACAACAACCGCUUGCUGGACUUCAAGGAGUUCAUGAAGGGGUUAAACGACUACGGGGUCUUGAUGGAGAAGGACGAGGCCACAGCUCUGUUUCAGCAAUUUGACCGUGACGGCAGCGGGACCAUCGACUUCGACGAGUUCCUCGCCACUCUCAGGCCGCCAAUGUCCAAGGCCCGGAAGGAGGUGGUCAUGCAGGCGUUUCGGAAGCUGGAUAAAACGGGUGACGGGGUGAUCACCAUCGAAGACCUGCGGGGUGUUUACAACGCCAAGUACCACCCCAAGUACCAGAACGGAGAGUGGACGGAGGACCAGGUCUUCAGGACAUUCCUGGAUAGCUUUGACUCUCCGUAUGACAAAGAUGGAAAGGUGACCCAUGAUGAGUUUAUGAACUAUUACAGUGGCGUCAGCGCCUCCAUCGACAGCGACGUCUACUUUAUACUAAUGAUGAAAAACGCUUGGAAGCUCUGAAUCACAUUAAAACUCCAGAAUCUAAGCACCUCAUGGAUUUCCGACAAACAGAAUUUGUUUUAAAUGAUCAUAAUGAUGUGUCUGAUCAAUUCUGCAGCCUGAAUUCUGUCAUAUUUUCUGUUAGAAGCCAUAUUCUAAAUAAAUGCAGUUACACAGA